AUGGACAGUAAAAGAGCACGAAAGUACGUGGCUCUGAAAAUUUUGAGGGCCGAUUGUUAUGGUGGUCCUCAUGAUAUAUUCGAGCGCGAAAUUCUGUCUAAAAUAUCUGACGUUUCUGGGAAAAGUCCUCAUGACGGCUGUUGUCAUGUGUUACCCCUUCUCGAUCAUUUCAGACAUGAAGGCCCAAAUGGACACCAUGUGUGCUUUGUAUUCGAUGUCCUCGGCCAUCAUUUAGAUUUCCAAAGCGCGAAGUUUGAAGAUGGGAAAUUGCCUGUCAAGGCAGUUAAAGAAAUCACGCGGCAGCUUUUGCUUGGAUUGGAUUUCCUUCAUCAAGAGUGCGGUAUCAUCCAUACUGAUCUGAAACCAGCAAAUAUACUCCUAGAACUGGAAAGUCCAGAUGAGACGAUAUCUCAAUAUCUAUCAGAAGUCCCUGCGCGGACAACUAAUCAGGGUGGUAUUGCUGUCCCGCUUCGAGAAGUAAUCAGGACACCACUCAUCUCAGAAAUACACGAACCGCACGUCAGGAUCAUCGACUUUGGUGUGGCUUGCUGGAGAGGCAAUCAUCUUUCUGAUUUUAUUCAGUCUCCUGCUCUGCGAGCUCCAGAAGUUACAAUUGGCGCACCUUGGGAUACUGCGGUUGAUAUUUGGAGUCUAGGAUGUCUUGUAGUGGAACUUGUCCAAGGGAUAGUCCUUUUUUCGGCAGAAGCAUCAAAAAAUGGUUCGUGGACAGUUGAUGACGACCGCCUAGCAAGGACUGUUGAAAUCCUCGGUGCCUUCCCACCUGAUUUUCUCCAGAAGGGCAGUUGCACUGCAGAAUUUUUUGACGAAAAUGGAACUAUCGUCCGAAUUCCGAACUUAAAGCCUACGAGUCUUGAGAGGCUUGUAAACGGCACAACAAAACCGUUUCUGAAGCCCAGCGAUAUGUCUGAUGUUGAAGUUCCUAUUUUUAUCAACUUUCUCCGAAGCAUGCUUGUAAUCGAUCCAACACAUCGAAAAACUGCCGCUGAGUUGCUUCAACAUGAAUGGCUAAGAUUGUGAUGAUACCAUAAACAAGUAUUUUGAUCGAUACGGACGACAAUUCAUGGAUUACUAAUUUGCUGGUGGACACCCGAAUGCUUGGGUUGGUGUACACAGGUCACGCCG